AUGGAAGCACUUCGGGCAAUUCCCGGAUUUGGGUCGAGAAACGUGGCUAAACUGGAUCUUUCUUCAAAGGACAAGCGCUACCUUCUGAAUGUCGAAAAGGCCUUGGCUACAUUCGAGACUCUCCAAGAGUGGGCAGACUACAUUGCCUUUCUUUCUCGAUUACAGAAAGCAUUGCAGAUUGGCGAUGACAACGUCGAGCCCCAGUCUGUCGAUUGGAUCCCUUUGAGUGAUCAGGUUUCGAAGAAAUUGGCACUUUGCCUUUCUCCAAGCCUACCCAAUGGUGUUCAUCAGAAGGCAUUGAGCAUCUAUGAGUCUAUCUUUACCGCUCUCACGAAAAACUCAUUCGAUGCUCAAAUCAAUGAAUGGCUUCCAGGGUUUGUACCCAUCAUUUCAUACGCCUCCAUGCAAUUGAAGCCUCAAGUGCUUGAUAUCUACAGGAAACACAUCAUUCAGAAACUCAACCAGAGCACAAUCAAAGCCGUUGUCAAGCCUAUCUUGUUAUCCCUCCUUGCAGUACUCGAUGAUGAAAAUUCUGAGGUUUACAAAGAUGCUUUUGCCCUCAUGGAGUCGUUCAAGGCAGCCAUGAACGAUAACUCGUUGUUCUGGCAAACACUCUUCCUUUGUAUCACUAGCAGCCCCGAAAGAAGAUUGGGUGCACUCAAUUGGUGCAAUACUCGUCUACCGUCCUUUAAACUGCUAAAGGACGAGUCUGGUCUGAAGCUUUCGGCUGAGGCAACAGCAUGUUUAAGGCCAGAGCCGGGUCUUUUAGUUCGUGCAUUUGCCGCAGCUAUCGACACAAGAACAAGCUUCAAUCUGGCCAAUGACAUCAUAGUUAUUCGUGGCUUUUUUGAUCUCUUGUUGUCUCACCUUCCACUCUCAAGUGAUGUCUUCCAGCAUGAACUCGCUUCUGCCGAUAAAGAGCUUUUGAUCAUGGCUUGUUGCACCGUUACUCUCAGAAAAGACAUGAGUUUGAAUCGUCGAUUGUGGAACUGGCUCGUGGGGCCCGAAUCUGUGGAGGACCUGGGCGACGGAGAUGUGCAUGUGAGAUACUUUGCUGAUAAUGCAUUGCCUAUACUUUCAGAGGGUGUGCUUAAAUUAGUUAACUCUAAGGAUCAUACCGAGAAGGUGAAGGGACUCAAGAUUGCAUUGUCGUUCAUGUUGGACAGAUGGGAGAUCAGUCAAUUGGUAGCACCCAGAUUUUUCACCCUGAUUUUGGAGUCCUGCUACCUUUCUGUGAAACAGAGCAGCCAAGGAAGUGACGAGAUUCUCUCGAAUACCAAACUUUUCUUUGAUGCUGUCGAGGCGAGUUUCAUUUGGGAAUACAUUAUUUGCAGUUUGAUCUUGAGCGAAUCAGCAACAAACUACGAGAUGCUAUGCUUCUUGCUUAAAAACUUCGACUUCCAUGAUCAAGAGCUUGCCACGCAUAUUCCAUUGGCAAUGCUCUGCUUGCUUAAGAAUUGCGAAAUAUCAAAGAAGUCUGUCGAAGCGCUUGAUCUCCUUCUGAGCCUUGCCCAACCACGCUUAUUUGCACCUGUGAAGAAAGUUGAGGGAAAAAGCGAUGAUCUGCUUUUGAGAUCUGUGGAGAAGUACUACGAGAAUCUUAAUGAGAACGAAGCAAGCGCAUUUCCAAUAGAGGGUGCAGAGAUGUCGUUCAUGCUUCUUGAUUCAUUGAAAGAUUGGUAUGCGCAAAGUGUUACUCAAAUCGACAUAAAUGACAGAGUCUCCUCGAUUCUUUGCACCUUUCUUUUUACAAUACCUACAGCGGACUCUAAGGAAUUCCAAUUUUCGGACAAGGUCAUACUAGAUACAGUUCUCAAGUUGGAGCCUUACAAUUUUAGUCCAGACGAGAUAAGUAACCAGAAAACCUUGAGUUUGGUGAUGGGAGCUGUCAAAUUUACUCGCUACCUCGUCAAAACGUCCAAUACUUAUCAAAGGAACAAGGUAUUGAAGAUCAUUCUUUCCAAUUUGUGGUACGCACUUAUAAGUCCAUAUCCUGCCAAUAAUGAGGUUGAGGCCGUUAAAAUCAUAUUCGAUUUGGAACUCAGUUUCGACAGUCAUGAGAUAGAGGCAGGUUUGAUAGAGAUGCUUAUUCGCACACCCAAAGAGACCAAAGCAAACGCAUUUUACAAGCUUUGGAUUCACUCUGCUGAUCUCAGUACUGCUGAGUCUCUUUUGGCAGGUCCAUUGCACCUUAUUUUGGAUGACCUUCUUGAAUCUGACCCGGCAAGCGUAAUGGCGGCUCAGAGACUUGUUCGCAAUAUUAUAAGAGAUGGUAGUGCUGGCCGCUUUUUGAAGCUUCUCACGAAUACACUCCUUUCGUUCGAUUUCAUUAGUGAUGAGACUCAUGAGGUUAAUUUGCACGAUGACAUCAAGCUUUUCACUUACAACAUUCGAACCAUACACAAAGUCAUACACAGUAAUGAAAAACUACUCAAAGAGGCUUUCAACCAUGAAUUUAUUGCGUCGGAGACAACAGAAAUUUUUGCCGCGUUGAAAGCAAACGGCUGGGAGGUUUCUAACUACAAGUCUUUGGUUUGCGCUAUUCUUCACAAGUUCUUGAACUUAAAAUUGAGUCCCGAUCUUCUCAAAGAAAAAGCCUCUCUAGAGCAUUACGCCUUUGGUAUCACAGCGGCACUUGAGCUUUUUGCUGACCUUGUUAUUGGCUCGGAGGCCGAUUUCGAAGUUCAUUUCCUCAAGUUGGUUCAGUACUGCUUAGGAUAUCUUCAAGAAAUUGAGAACGUGCCAUUUGAACUAGAAAUCAUUGAGGCCGAAUAUAUCAACAUCAUUAUGCAUUUCUUGGAUUUGACCAAGUCAAUGAACGUCGACUUGAGUUUAUUGCAUACAGCAUCUGAUUCAAAGGAUCCGAUACUUGUGUCAUUCAUUAUUGAAGGUAUCAAAAAAUGCCUGUCCUCCAUCUUGCUAGAGAAAUGGUUUGCAUUGCUCACCCGUGCUCUUUACUCUUUCAACGAAUCCGUCUUUAGCGUUAUUUUGACAUUGAAUGACGGUAUCAACACAAAGAUCAGAGAAUACCUUGAGUACGUCAAGGCUUUCCAGAAAGCAAACGAUUUCACCAAUCUUGAAUCAUCCUUCUCAAUUUUACUUUCAGGUCUCGAAGAUAUGCUUUCUAUUAGCCAUUCAUAUCUUUUAACAUCUAGCCUUAGGUCUAAUGCGAAGGUCGCUGCAGCGAAUGGAGAGUCAGGAUUUCUUGGUAACAUGAUACUGGGUGUCUUUCUGAUUGAGUCUCCAGAUUCCCGAACAGAGGAGCAAAACAAAAUACAUUCGAUGAUAAUCUCAAUUCAGGAUUCCUCGAAGUUGGCGUUCGAAAUUUGGGACUGGGGAGAGAAGGGAACUCAAAUUGUGACGUCUGACUUUGCAUCCGCCAAAUCUGCCGUUCAUUUGAGCAACAAGUUGAGAUUUCGCUCACGCAAGCUCCUAGAAGCUUUGAUGGAGUUAGAGCGACAAGAGGUUAUCGAGACUAUCAUCGAAACAUCAAGCGAAGCACAAAAUAAGAUCAAGCUUCUUCAUGUGCUCGAUAAUGGCAGACCCCAAAUAACCCUCCCACACAUCAUCAAUUCUAUUGUCACAAGAUGCUAUCCUGGAUUAUUGGAGGAAACAAAGAAGUCAUCUAUGAACUCCAUUGUAACAUCCAAACAACUUACAGAAUUUUUAGUACCAUACUUGGAGUCAGUUGAUAGUGACAUAAUUGAGGAGGUCUGGGUCAAACUAGUUCUGUUUUUCAAAGAUGUCUUGGCUCACGCCUACCAUUUCAAGGAUCUGCUUUCCGACUUUUUACGCUGCCUUGCGGUGUUAGCCACCAAGACCAGUAUUAGGAAGUCUAAUGAGAGGAAGGGAUACGGUCGAGAGCUUGCGGACCUAUUCGUUAGGAUGAUUAACGCUGCUUGUACCAUUGGGCAAUCCGGAGAAGCUGAAGGUCAGAACACAGGAGCUAACGAGCUGCUACUCAAAACUUUGACGAAACUUAUCGAAUCUGUUGACGAAGUUAUACAAGAUUCGGACAAAACUACUGCAGUGGUGAAUACGAUUGUCAAUGUCGCAUUAGCACCGGAACUUAGAAGUAAACUGAAGAGUUCCGAGCAAGCGCUUCGCUUGAUGGGUUUAAUAGGAACUGUUCAUGCUACGAAGAUCUGGAAAGUUACCGUGAGUGACUGCUUUGCGGAUAAUGCAUUCUUCACGAACGAAAAUUACCUAGCUGAAGAUUGGAAGCACCUCAUCGGUGUCUGGGUCAUGAACGAGAAAGAUGCAAUGAGCGAUCUCAUUGCAAGAGUUUCUCCACCAACUAAGAGCACCGCUGCAAACAUUUUUGUUUGGAGCGAGAAGUCUGAAAUUGAAGACAAGAUCUUUAUUUUGAAGCGGAUCGCUUACUUGAUAAUGGCUCUGCCCAAGGACCAAUUUUCUAAUCUAUUAGACGUCCUCAUUACCAAGUUAUUCGAGGUCAUUAAUGGUUCGUGCCCUCCUCUUUUCAAGUCAGAGGCAUUCUUAUUGUUGAGGGCUGUGGCACUUCAGUUCGACCAAAUGCAUCUCGUCUCUUUAUGGGAGCCUACUACACAAGCACUCGUGGAAGUUUUGAGAUCCACCUUGUCAAAAACCCAAAAGGACUUGAGCCAAAUGAGUGAGGAAGAGGUACAGCUUGUCCUCAGUACCUGUAAGCUACUUGAUCAGUUGCUCCUAUUCGGUUUUGAUGAGUUCACUUUGAAGGAAUGGAUUUUUGUGGAGACGAACCCAGCGGUGGUAACAGACACUACUAAGCACGAUUCAACUGCCUUAGUUGACUUGCUUGCUAAGUUAACAGAGAACUUUUCUGCCAAGAGCUCUCCUGUGCAAGUGACACACCCAACGCCUGGUAUACCAAACAGACCCACACUUUAUGGGGUGCAGAAGAUUGAAAAUAUUGGAAGUCUCAGAAGAUUUUUUGACCUGUUCAGCUACAUUCACUAUGAGCGUACCUACAGUUUAGCUGAAGCAGAUCAAGAGGCCACUUCGAGAGAUAUACUCAAGGACUUGAUCGCGCAUACUUAA